AUGGGCAACGAAGAAAGCUCGCCGAUAGAUGAGGCGAUCCCGCCGCAGACUCUUACUGGCCGGACCAUCGAGGCUGUGGCAGAGUACAUCAGAAGCGGCAAAGCGGACAAGAUUGUGGUGAUGACUGGCGCUGGCAUAUCCACAAGUGCCGGCAUACCUGACUUCAGAUCGCCCGAGACAGGUUUGUAUGCGAAUUUGGCAAGGCUGGAUCUACCGUACGCGGAAGCAGUGUUCGACAUCAGCUACUUCAGGGAGAAGCCGGAGCCUUUCUAUACUCUCGCGCACGAGCUUUACCCUGGCAAGUACAGGCCGACCAUCACGCACUCUUUCAUUAGGCUGCUGCAAGACAAAGGCCUCUUGCUCAAGCUAUUCACACAGAACAUCGACUGCCUGGAGCGUGAAGCUGGAGUACAUGACGACAAGAUCAUCGAGGCCCAUGGAUCCUUUGCGAGACAAAGCUGUAUCGAAUGCAAGCAGCCAUACCCAGAAGAUGAGAUUAGGGAGCACAUCAGCAACAAGACCAUCCCACGAUGCCACAACUGCGACGGUCUUGUCAAGCCAGAGAUCGUCUUCUUCGGCGAGCAGUUACCUGCAGCAUUCUUCGAGAACAGAGACAAGCCAGCUGAGGCGAACCUUGCGAUUGUGAUCGGUUCUAGCUUGACCGUUCAGCCAUUCGCAAGUCUGCCGCAGAUGGCACGAGAUGGCACGCCGCGACUGCUCUUGAACAGAGAGUGGGUUGGGGGAAUAGGUGGUAGAUCCGACGAUGUCUGCAUCCUGGGAGAUUGUGAUGAUGGUGUGCGCAAGCUUGCUAAAGAGCUUGGCUGGCUGGAGGAGCUCGAAGCACUAUGGGCAAAGACCGCGCCAAAGGCAGCUCAAGACACGAAGACGGCGAAUAAGAAGUCCAGAGAUGAAGCCUUCCAGGAAGAGAUGGACAAGUUGACGAAAGAGGUUGACGAGACUCUCAACUUGUCGAAGUACCACCAAGAUAAAGUGCGAAAUGAGCGUCUGCCAGGCGAGGCACGAAAGGACGACGUCGGCACAGCGAAGUCGAAAUCCACUAGAGAACAUGACCUGAGCCACGUAUUUGUUGGAGGUCCUCGGGUUGACAGCUUCACACCUGCGGCGGGAAGCAGCGAAAAGCCUGAUAACUCGAAGCUGUAA